AUGGGAAUUAUCUACUCUCACUGUGUUAUUAUAAAAACAGAAGGGGCGAUUACCACGUAUCAAGUUAAUGACCAAAGGGAAGUUGAAGACGGUAUCAAGAAGUCAACUUUACAAGCAUACUUCAAUGAAGAUGAGUGUGAGGCGAAGUGCAUGUGUGGACUAUUUGAGAUGAGAGGUAUUAUUUGUAGACACAUUCUUUCUAUUUUCGCCGCAAGGGAUGUCCAAGUGUUGCCAGAAAAGUAUAUUAUGGAGAGAUGGAGGAAGGACAUUAAACGUAGAUAUGCUCUCAUUCGAAGUAGUUACGAUGACUUAAGUGGUAAACCAGCUGCUACUCGGUAUUCAGGUUUGAUAAAAUUAUGUUACGAAGUAGCUACAAAUGCAUGUGAAAGUGAAGAUAAUUCCCUAGACAUGACAGAGAAGCUUAAGGCAAUGAAUUCGAUUUAUACUAAGUCAAAGCCUCAGGCAACAGUUGCAAGCACUCAUACUUCCAUUCAUGCAGAAACUGGAAGUUUGAAGAAAGUGUUAAGUCCUCGUGUUGUUAGAGGUAAAGGGAGGCCGCCAUCAAAGAGAAAACAACCUACAAUAGAGAAAUUGCAAACCAAAAAUAAAAAGGCUGGUGGCAAGCGACAGAGACUUAAUGCAACAUCACAUGCUCAGGAUGUAUUAAACCCCGUUGAUUCGGUAGCACCAUCGCAACUACCUGCUACACAACAAAGCGUGGUUUCUCAAGUGAACUUCGAAAUAGAGAACCCCUUGAUGAUUGAUGAAAGAACUCCAAAAUGA